CUCCUUGUCGAUGAGCUUCAGCUAUCGGCAUCAAAGACCUUCUGUUCGACCAUUCUCAGUUCGUUACACACUAGAUUCUCAGAUGUCAUGUCAACUUCAGUACAAAGCGAAGGAGUAAGCAUUUACCACAAGUCCACCUGGUUGAAUCCCUUUCACAAGGGCAAAUUUUUCAGCAGACAGAUGCGAGUCUCGGUGCGGAUAGCUGUUGAAACUGAAGCAGAUACUUCUACGGCUCAGGAUGAAUCACGUCAUGGACCCCUGCCACAAAUGGAUCAUAGUCAAGAGCAAAUGGAAACCGUGAAUUCAUCUAGUGAAAUUCAUGGACUUUUUGAGAGAGGCCUAGAGAACUCUGGCAGUUCUUCAGACUCGGAAAGUUCAAAUAUUGUGUCAGAGGAAAUAGCUUGGUACUUAAAACGAAAGGAUGAUGAUAAAGAGUCACCACCUGCACCAUUGACCUGGUGGGAUAACAAUGGAGCCCGUGCCCCUUUGCUCAAGAGAAUGGCAGUGAAGUAUCUGAGUGUACCCGCAACCUCGGCUGCUUCAGAAAGGGCUUUUUCUUUUGCUGGACUGACUGUUUCACAGUUGAGAUCACGACUAACGAGUGCCCAUGUUAAUGAACUCAAUUUUCUCUACUGCAAUAAGAAAUUGUUGGAGUGA